AUGAGUGAUACGAAAAGCAAGCACAAGCGCUGGUUUCCGCUGGAAUCAAAUCCCGAAGUCAUAAACUCAUAUGCGAAGAAUUUAGGGUUUCCUACGUCUCAAUUCAGCUUUUAUGAUGUGUUGAGUACUGAGGAGUGGGCACUCGCUACAGUGCCAACUCCAGUUAUGGCUGUGAUAAUGCUCUUCCCUAUCAAACCUCAUACAGAAAAAGCGGAUAAAGAGGAAGCAGCUAGAAUUGAAAAGGAGGGACAAAUAGUUUCUCCUAACGUCUAUUACAUGCGCCAGACUGUUGGCAAUGCAUGCGGUACGGUGGGUAUCUUGCAUGCCAUUGGCAACGUGCGUCACCUGGUGCAACUUCACCCUGGAAGUUAUCUUGACAACUUUUUUCAUGAAACCGAAACGAAAACGCCCAUGGAGAUCGCCCAAUAUUUGGAGAAAGACGACGAGUUGGAGAAAACUCACAGUAGUGCGGCGGUGGCCGGACAGUCUGAGCAACUGGAAAGUGUGGACGAUCCCAUAAAUACACACUUUGUAUGCUUUAGUUGCGUGGAUGGACAUUUGUAUGAACUGGAUGGACGAAAAAAGCGUCCGAUUAAUCAUGGACCGUCGAGUCCGGAAACCGUCCUCCAGGACGCUUGUCAGGUCAUCAAAAAAUUUAUGGCCAGGGACGAAGGCGAGCAGUAG